CAAAAUAGUAUAUAAGCCAUAAGAUGAUCUUGAUACGAAGAGUACGAACAUGUCGCUCAUUGGAGAGAGUAUGUGGUAUAAGAAGAAUAAGUUCUGUUACUAGUAAUAUAACUACAGAUGUACUUGAGCCUAAGUGGAAGAGAAUCGCCAAAGACAUCUCUAAUAAUCUGAGAUCAGAAACAGUUUCAGGAUUAGUUAAAGAUUUAAGAACAAAUAUUCCGCCUAAAUUCCAUGUAGAUGGGAAUGCCGAACCUUUAGUCCAACUUCAUCAAGUAGUGCAAGUGCCAUUAUGGACUAUUUAUCAUAAAUUAAGUACUAGAAAUUUUCAUUCACCCUAUGAUAGUUUAAAUGAAGUUGAAAGGAAAUAUCAUGAUAGACUUAUGCUGACAUUCCGUCAAAAAUUGUAUGAUACUUUUAAAAAUUAUUUGAAAUAUAAAGAUGUUGAUCCUACUGUAAGAAAAGCUGAAGAUAUGCAAAUAAUUGAUUAUUUUAAUCCUAAAUUAGUUAAUAUUACUCAAUUAAUUUAUCAAAUUAAUAAUAAUAAUUAUCCAAAGAAUUUUAUGAAAUUUUCUGAAGUUAAUAAUAAAGUAGAAUUAUUAACCCAAAUGCUUUCAAAUAUUUUAUAUAAAGAAUAUAUGGCAUUAAAAAUACUGGUUACUCAACCAGACAAUUAUUCAAUAGAUAUAUCUAAUCCUGCUGAAUGGUAUCCAGAAGCUAGAAAAAUGAAAAGAAAGAUUAUAAUGCAUGUUGGACCUACUAAUAGUGGUAAAACUUAUAAUGCUUUAAAAAAAUUAGCUUCAUCAAAAUCUGGUUAUUAUGCUGGACCUUUAAGAUUAUUAGCUAGAGAAAUUUAUGAAAGAUUUAAUCAACAAGGUACAAGUUGUAAUUUAAUUACUGGUGAAGAAAUUGUCCCAUCUAUAAAUAAAUAUGGUAGAGUUAGUCAAAUUUCUUCUGGUACCAUUGAAAUGAUUCCUCUUCAUAAAAAAAUGGAUGUUUGUAUUAUAGAUGAAAUUCAAAUGAUUGCUAAUUCUGAAAGAGGUUUAUCUUGGUCAAAUGCUUUCUUAGGUGUAUUAGCUAAAGAAGUUCAUUUAUGUGGAGAAGAAAGUGCAGUUCCAUUAAUUGAAAAAUUAGUCAAGAGAACAGGGGAUGAAUUAGAAGUGAAAACUUAUAAAAGACUUGGUAAAUUGACUAUAAGUGAUAAGCCAGCUAGUUUAAGAGCUUUGAAAAAGGGUGAUUGUAUUAUUGCAUUUUCUAAGAAAAAGAUUUUACAUUUAAAGUGUGAAAUUGAACAAAAAAGUAAUCUUAAAGUAGGAAUUAUUUAUGGUGCAUUACCUCCAGAAAUUAGAACUAAAGAAGCUCAAGAUUUUAAUCUGGGUAAAACAGAUAUUUUAGUUGCAUCUGAUGCUGUAGGAAUGGGACUUAAUUUAAAGAUCAAGAGAAUUAUAUUUGCUUCUGUACAAAAAUAUGAUGGUAAGAAUUUGAGACUAUUAUCUACACCAGCUAUAAAACAAAUUGGUGGAAGAGCUGGUAGAUACUCUGAAGAAGAAGGAGAAGUGGAAGGAUUUGUUACUGCAUUGAAUAGUAAAGAUCUUCAAGUUAUUAGACGAGGAAUGAACCAUCCUACUAUUAAUUUAGAUAAAGCAUGUAUUUGGCCAACUGAUCUAGUUUGGAAAUAUUAUUUAUCUAAAUAUCCUUCUAGUAAAACUAUGUAUGAUAUUGUACAAACAUUUGCCCAAGAAUCUGCUCAAUUAAAAGUCAGAGAUUAUUUCCUUACAGAUUUAGAUGCUCGAUGUGAUAUUUUAAAUUUACUUCUUAGAGAUGAAAUAUGUAAACAACUUAAUAUUGAAGAUCAAUUAAAGUUAAGUCUUGCUCCAAUAAAUAUGAAAAUGGCAUCUACAUUAGUUAAAGAUACUGUAUACGAAUUUGUUCAAACCAUAAGAAAGGGAGAAUCUAAAACCAUAUUUGAUUUUGGAUUCUUAGAUGAACAGAUUAUAGCUCAAGGUUCAAGAAUUACGGCUAGAUUAGAUGAAACUCUUGAGGUGAUAUGGCUACUUGAAGAUUUUCAUAAAUUAGUUUUAAUAUUUAUGUGGUUAAGUCAAAGAUGGCCAACAUUAUUUGUAGAUAAAGAAGGAGCUCAUGAUAUGAAGACAUUACUUGAAAAGAGAAUAAAUCAAGAAUUGAUUAAUAUUAGAAGAAUGAAUGAUAGGAGAAAAUAAAUAUAAAAAUAAUAAUAAUAAUAAUGGUAAGUGCUAAGUCGGGUCUGUUCUUGUAUAUAGGUAAGUAGUACCGGAUCUUGUA